AUGGAAGAUGUAAAGACCGUUCCGCCAAGUGCCAAUAACCUUGGCGAUCAAGCUAAGCACCCCAAAACAACAACAAAUGAAGCUCCAAGAUAUGCAACAACCACUACUGCCACACCCACCACUACCACGACACACCAUAUCCACCCCCAACCAAAUACACCAAGUAGCGCAAAAGCUUUGAACUUUCCCAACAUAUCAACCAGCAAUCUGUAUCCAAAUGCAUCUUCAUCCACACCCACUAGUGCCACCACUCCUACUUCUCAAAAGCCAACAACAACUUCCACCGCAGGAAAUGUCAACAUUAUUCCCACAAAGAAACAACUAGAUGCCGCUUUAAAGGUGGACGAGUCUAGUUGGAACAGCUUACUCGACGAAGAGGACCAAGACAAGAAGAAACGUAUUGCAACGGAUGACCAAUAUACCAACUCUUCCAAGUGGAAUGAAUUCCAACAGCAUCAAAAGAGGCAGAGUGAGCUCGAAGAAAAGAUGAAACUAUUACGAGAACAAAAAGAAGAGGAACGACGCCAACAAUCUCUCAAUGCCUCUCACUUUCGUAUUGAUGAGCGAGAGCUUGCCAAGAGACAACGAGAGGAGGAAAGACAUAACAAGCUUUCCGAAGAUCUUGAUGCUGAAGCCUUUGCAAAGGAAAUGUUUGAAUAG